AUGACUGAUUCUCCAGAUUCAGGGUUGACAGGUGACGAGAAUUUGGAAUAUUCUAUUUCAACUGAUCAGAAAGCGUCUACUUCAGUGUAUCACGAUCAGCCAUCAGGCUUGGAACAAAUAUUCAGUAUAACCGAUGUCUCUCCUACAUCCGCUCCUACAACUGAGGAAACCAAGAUUCUAGUUGGAUAUUUUCAUAAAGCACAUUCCCCAUUUGGAAAGUCCAACUUACUUCUUGUAUGUGGAGAUGAAUGUUUUCGUGCAGAACUUGUUCAACCUGGAGUUUACCGUUCUUUUCUUUCAUCACACAAACCUGGAUUAGUUGAUCUCUAUGUAAGCUUUGACAGCCAGAAGUCCAUCAGUCAAGUUGUGAACUUUGAGUAUAAAUCCCCUCCGAUGGAAAAUUUGAUCAAUUUGACAGAUGACGAAUCGAAGUGGGUGGAAUUUCAGAAUCAAAUGAGGCUUGCUCAUUUACUGUUCUCUACAUCAAGGAGACUUGGUACAUAUUCUACUAUACUAUCACAAAAUGGCCUCAAAGAGGCCAAAUUGUUUGCUCAGAGAACAGCCCAAAUUGGCAAUGACUGGGGAUCUUUUUUGAAAUAUAUUAAAGACAAUAGAUUAUCAUUUCCACAAGCAAAAGACAAUCUGUUUGAGCUAACUUUUCAGAAUAGACUACGGGAAUGGAUAUUGGAAAGAAUAGCAGAAAGAUGUAAAGUUACUAAUUAUGAUGAUCAAGGCCAAGGAGUAAUUCAUCUGUGUGCUAUUCUUGGUUAUAAGUGGGCCGUAUAUCAAUUUUCAUUAUCUGGCUUAUCAUUGGAUUAUUGGGACAAAUUUGGGUGGACAGCUCUUUAUUGGGUCGCAUCUUGUGGAAGGGAGGACAUGGUUGCAUCUCUUCUAUCUGCUGGGAUCGCUUCAACUAAUUCUACUAGCCCUGGGAUAUUUACUGAGGAGGAUCUGUACUUAAAGGAUACUCUGGCAGCUUAUCGAACAGCUGCAGAUGCAGCAGCACGCAUUCAGGCUGCAUUUAAGGAGCAAUCACUUAGGGUGCAAGCCAAUGCAGUAAAGUUAUCUAAUCCUGAGGAUGAAGCACGCAAUAAAUUGCAGCAAUGA